GCUUUCGAAACUCGACUCAAAUUGACUGAACAUACGUAGUACGUACAACAUUUAAAAUGGAAACCAUUUUGGGUGUGAAAGGAGCGGAUUUCGUCCUGCUGGCCUCGGAUACCAUGAAGGCCAAGUCGGUGAUGUGGCUGGAUGAUGAGAAAACAAAGACGCACCGCAUCACGGACUACUGCAUGAUGUCAACGAUUGGCGACGGCGGAGACUGCCUGCAGUUCUCGGACUUCAUCCUCCGGAACAUGGAUCUGUACAAGGUGACCAACGGAUACGACCUGACCGUUCGCGGUGCGGUGCACUUCAUCCGGAGCAAUCUGUCCGCCUACCUGAGGUGCAAUAUGAAGUACCAGGUGGCCUUGUUGGUGGGCGGAUUCGAUGCGACCACCGGUCCCGAGUUGCACUACAUCGAUCAGUUCGGAAACUCGGUGCCCAUCCGGUACGGUGGCCAUGGAGCUGGCAUCAACUUCUGCACUCCCAUUUUCGAGGAGUUCUACAGUUCGCACAUGGACUCGCAGGCAGCCUAUGAUGUUAUCAGAAAGUGUGUGAUUGAGUUGUCUAAGCGAUUCGUUAUCAACUUGCGCAACUUCGACUUGUUUCUGAUCAGCAAAGAGGGCAUAACCAAGAUGACUCCCAUCAACCAGGAGUCCCUCAGAGCGGAUAACUUAGCUGGUCCCAAGCGAAGGUUAUGAAACACAAAAUAAUAAGCGAAGUUCUUUAUAUUUUU